AUGUACCUGCAGCUACGUCACACGCUGAACACCGACAACCGGAAAUCCCAGACGUCGAACCCGAAAACUGACAAGGAACCCGGCGCCGGCCCCACUGCGACCCAGCAAAGACUUGACCGAAUCUCCGAGAAGCUUUGUGCCGAAUGGAUCCGCUUACCAAUUCUUCAAGAGUUUUCUACGCCAGGGCGGCUGGUGUGGGACCCUGGGUGA